AUGGACUUGGCUCCUGGCCAUAGCAUCGAGGAGGCCGUUGAGCUUCUGCGAGCUGCAGACUUCCGUCUGUUCUGCAUUGAGCGUCGUGUGUCCAAUCUUGAAACGCAGAUUUCUGAGCUGCGUGAAGUGCAAUCGCGGCUUAACGCUACAGUGCUUCGUGUGGAGGCGCUGGAACAAGACAACGCAGUAAUCAAGCAUUGCUUUUCUUCGACACAGCCAGGGGUCAGUCUUCGAUCUGAAGUAGCAUCUCUUAACAACGUGGUUACCCAGAUUGUGGACUCAGUCAAUCGCUUGGAGCCUGAGUUACAGCUUCUCUUGCGUUGGCGGGAGCGCUUCACUUCAGCUUUGCAGGCCGAGCUUAAGGACUUAGGUCACCAGCUUUGCGUGGUAGCAUCGCAGCUCGAGGGGGUUUUUGGUCUAGUCUUUGGGUCCCCUAGGCCUCCUGCACCCUUGGUUCCCCUCCCAAGCCCACCGCCUCAGCUUACUGCCGGUGUCAGUUCGGCGAUACAGCAGGCUCCGCAAGAUGCUCUGCCCUCGGCCACUCAGGCCUUUGCUCGGCAGCGGGCUCGUUUUGCUGCGCUGAUUCGGUCAGAUGAUUCUGUGCGCUUUGAGGCUUUACGUAAGAUUAAGACCCUGACUUUACUUGAUCCUGCUGCAUCGGAGCUGGGGCGGCUUCUCAUCGGCGAGGCCGCUAUUUUGUCUGACCCUGAGAGACUUCAGAAGUCCUUUGCUGACACGUUCGCUACAAAGAGCACUGCAACCUUGGCCAAACGAGCUUCCUCCUUCUGGAAGUUUGCCGAGUUUUGCUUGAUGUUCGAUUUUGGCUCGCCCUUUCGCGCGAGCGAGGCAGCUGUCUAUGCAUAUAUCCAGGACUUACAAGCCCACGGAGCUCCCACGUCGGCCAAUGCCUUUCUUGAAAGCUGGAAUUUUCUGUCAGCGCUACUGGGUUUCGCAAAACUUGCAGGCCAGUCACCUUUGUCAGGCCGUGUGCGAGGAGCUGCUGCAGCGUUGGCGGCCACCAAGAAGCCGCUGGUCCAAGCCUCACCAUUGUCAGUUCCAAUGAUUCGGGCUCUGGAAAGAAUUGUGGUGAAGCCUCCGUAUCCUCAUUGGCGUGUGAUUGCUGGGCACAUCCUUUUCUGUGUGGGAAGCUGUUCUCGCUUUUCGGAUACAAUCCACCUCAAAUCUUUGGAGCUUCAGAGUGCGGGAAGCGUGCAUCUUUUGGAAGCAUCCUCUGCGUCUUACAAGACUGGUACUGGCGAACGGAAGACCAUACUUCUGCCGCUGCUUUGCCUGGGAUCUUUCGUAUACCCCACGAUUUGGGCGCCGCUGUGGAUGGAAGCCCGAGCUGAUGCUGGCCUCGGCCUCAAUCCGUCACUGCCUGCAUUCAGCGAGGCCUCGCAGUCUUGGUUGGAGCGUCGCAUGUCUACUGGUGAGCUUACCAUGUACCUGCGUGAGUUCCUCGUAGCCAGUCAUAUCGACAUUCCUUCGGAGUCCCGCAUCAGCAGUCACAGCAUGAAGGCCACCUUUCUUAGCUGGCUAGCCAAAUUCGGAGGCGUUUCUUUGGAGGACCGCCGCAUUGCAGGGCACCAUUUGGACCCUGAUUCCCGGUCCCCUCUGACCUACAGCCGUGACGAGCUGUGCCGCUUGAUGAAGAUUUUCGAGGAUAUCCUGAAAGCCAUCCGUUCCGGCCACUUUAAGCCUGAUGACAGUCGCGUGAUGCGUUUAGCUGUCAUGGUUCAGGCUGAGUCAGGCCCUCAGCUGCAGGAGAAACUCCUCGAGCACGACAUCAGCCCAGAGGAUCUGGAGGCCCGAGCCGGUGGAGUCCCCCUGGACGAAGGCUUGAACGCUGCUCAGAUCUCUUCUGUAUACAGCAAGAUGCACAUUUACAGUCGUACAGUGCAUAUACAGGCUGCUGAAGGUGCCAAAUUUUUGUGUGGCCGACCCAUCACCCGCAAUUUUGACGAGCUGGACAAGGCCGUACCGGCCUCUGAUCUGCUUGUUUGUAAGCGGUGCAGCCAAAUCCACCGAGCCAGUUAA